AUGAGUACUGAGGAAUUUAGUAAAAAGAGGACAUGUAAUAAAAGAAUAGCUGAAACAGAUGUUGCAGCUCUAAGAGAUGAUUUUGAUACAGUUAAAACAUUGCGUAUUAUAGCUGACGAAGCAAUAUUUGAUAAUUCAAAGCCUAAUGACGUGAACAACAUAAAAUUUAUAGAUGAUGCAAUAAAAACGUUGGAAGAUCUUCAAAGAAAUUUGAAUGCAGAUUGUAAUGGUCUUGAAAGUCCUGAAACAAGUGAUUGUGAGUUAGAUGAUGAUAACAAUGGAUUUAACCAACACAUGAUUGAGGGUGCACAUUUUUUAGGAUACACAGCUUGUAUUCAAGAAACUCUCCGAUUUCUUGAUGACUGUGGAAUACCGGAAAGUGAUCCUUUAUAUGAACAGCUUAAAAAUCAUUUUAUUGAGUCAUCAGAUCGCACAUAA